UUUCAAGCUUAUAUUUACGAAUAAACAAAAACAUUUUCUUGCCUUCAACUCAAGAAAACGUUCACAGUUACAUAGAUCAUACUUCACACGUAUCCAAAGAAGCUAAUUGAAACCGCUAACAAUACAUAGUUAUUAUUUAUGAAUGUGGGAAUAUUCAACAGAGUCAACUGCAAAAACCGCGAAAGUGACGGAAUGUACUCGGAAUGGAGCUCGCUGCCGUUGGAGGGUGGCGGGACAGGUGUGCUGGGAUCAGUGGGGGGGCGGGAAGUAGUGCUGGCGGUUGUGAAGCAACUUGCUUCACACCAGCCUAGCCCUCUUACUACUGACGCAGAGGUGGAAUGGGUGCUAGAAGUACUUCGCUUCGGUCUGUCCCUGCCGCUUACAGAGCAUGAGGCUCUUCGGGACUGCGUGUAUGUGUGCUACGCGUGGCUCGGGGCGCUCCUGCCUGGCUCCCCGCCGGCCACGCAUCCCCCCUCGCCCGCCGUGCCGCCGCCUAUUGCUGCGGAUCCACACAAAUACGCAAACAAGAUACUCAAUCAUCUACAUAACCUGUUUGUGCCCAGGCCUAAUGAGACACUCACAUUCAUCUAUCAAACGGAAUUGGGUGGCAACCUAAUGUCCAAGCAGGCGGUCCUCUGUCACCGGGUGCUUCGCUUGGCGCGUGCGCUGGCGGAGAGCGGUUCCCUGGGUGCGCGGGAAUGGCGCUCUCUGCUAGCUCUGUUGUUGGCAGCCGCGUCAGCAUUACUGGCGCCGCCCGCGCCGCUCUGUGCUGACGCCGAGCAUCUGUGUGAUCGGGUGCUGUGUGUGCUGUUUGAAGUGUGGAUAUUGGCGUGUCACAGAUGUUUCCCGAGCCCGGUGCUGUGGCGUACGCUCCGCGAGCAGUGCGUCCGCUGGCGGCACCGCGCGCCGCUCACGGAGCAGUGGGCGCGCGUAUCGCUGUGCCUCACGCGCCGCCUGCUGCGCCACAUGUACGGCCCGCUCUUCCCCGCCAUGCCCAUCAGCGAGGAGGACGCACAGCUGGUGCCGGCGGACAUGAGUGCGGAGGCGGUGGUGCAGGCGUGGUACCGGAUCCUGCACACCAUCGGCAACCCCGUCGACCUGUGCCGGCCACAUCUCAUCAGUCACACGCCGGAGUUCCUGCAGUACUCGAUGACCUCCGAGGACGGUCGCGAGCCGUCAGCCGCGCCGUGCCUGUCGGCGCUGGCCGGCAUCUUCCACCGCGCGAUGCUCGGCCUCGCCGCACACGUUGAUGCCUUCCUCGGGCGCGCGUCGGAGCGGUGGGUGCCGGCCGUGGCGGGGGGCGGCGGGGGCGGCGCCGAGCGGGAGGAGGGGGACACGCCCCCCGCGCACCGCCGCCUCGCCAAGAGCUUCAGCGCCACGCGGCCCCGGGACAAGAGCGAGAGAAGUACGCCGCGGUCUUCCCUCAUCGGUCUGACGAGCAGUCGGCCAUCCAGCGUCGUGCCAACCACCCCUCCCAACUCCAUCACAUCACAAGUGGGCGAGACGGAGCGUCUGCCACUGACGCCGCUGCGGCCGUCCGUCAACUCGAUACUGCACCUGUUCGGCGAGUGGCUGUUCGAGGCCGCGCUCGUGGGGACAGUGCCCGCGCAGCCGCAACAGAGAUCAGAGAGCACGCCGACUCCGCCGCCGUCGGACGCAGCCCUCAACAUGCUGAGCUACCAGCCCGGCCGCGCGGUGGCGCUGGGCGCGCUGUGCCGCGUGCUGUGCUCCAAACAGUGCCGGGAACAGGUGCUGGCGCCGUACCUCGCGCGGUCGUACGCGGCGCUGCAGCGCGGGCUGCGCGACCCCGCCACCGCCGCCGCCGUCGUGCUCAACGCCGCCGAUAUCUUCCGUCUGGACCUCGACGGUGUGCUAGUACUUGUGCCGGACUUCAUCAACGCGCUGGACCGGAUCCUAUCCGACACGGAACCCAAGCUGGAGUGCGGGACCAUAGACAAGCGAGAGCUUCGAAAGGCAGCCAUUAGUUUGCUGUUGUCUCUGGUCGCCUUCCCUUAUCAUUACAAGGGACUUCCGGUUCCGGAGUUCCCGGGAUGUAAUGAGUACGGCGGCAUGACGCUGGGCGCGUACACGCGGGCGCGGCUGUCGCUGGCGGUGGUAGCGGGCGUGCAGGCGGAGCGGUCGGAUGCGCUGGCGGUGCCACUGCUGGCCGCGCUGUACCUGUGCGUGCGCCACGCCGCGCCCGCCCCGCCCCCCGCGCCCGCGCCCGUCUCCGACGCCAGCGCGCGCUCCAAGCCGCGGUCUGAAGGCGGCAGCAGCAGCGGUCCAGGCAGCGCGGAGGACGACUUCGCCGACAUGCGAGACCUCGACCCCGCCUCGCCUAUGUUUGGGUCGGCGCUGGUGGUGCGCGCGACGUACCUGGUGUGCCACCGCCUCAUCUCGUCGUGGAAGGGCGAGCUGCAGGUGUCGCUGGCGGCGCUCGAGCUGCUCUCCGGCCUCGCCAAGCUGCACUCCUCGCAGCCCGAAUUCAUGAUAGAAGCCGUAGAGCGCAAGCGUGCUGUACGCUGGAUUUGCGACUACAUCAGCGUGCAGUGCGGGCGGCCGCCGCAGGCUCACUCGCGCGACCUGCACUCGUGCGUGGUGGCGGCGUACGCGUGUCUCGCUUCGUGGUUAUGCCCGCCGCUGCUCGCUGACGCCGACUGUCUCGCAGCACUGCUAGAAGUCGUUGAACUGGGCCUCGCUGGGUCGAAGAGCCAAGGAAAACCUGGUGAACCACCUAAAAUGAAGGACGAGAAGGAACUGAAGCCAGUGUCAAUGAGGGUCCGCGACGCGGCCGAGUCGCUGCUGAUGCUCAUAUUAGAUCAGGCGGGUACCGAAGGGCCGGGGCCGUGGUGCCGCAUCUCGGAGCGCUGGCUGGCGGAGGCGGGGCACGGCGCGCUGCGGCACUUCGUCGCCGACGGACACACGCUGCUGUCGCUGCUCGAGGAGCCGCUCGCCAACAGCCAGGAGCCGCAGCCGACUGUCGUGGUGAUAAUCCGCAACGGGUGGGGCCAGUACGCGUGGUCGAUGUCGUGCCGAGGCGCGCCGCGUUGUGCCACACGCGUGAGUGCGGCGUGCGCGCGCCCCGUGCCCAUGUCGGAGCCGCCGCCCCGCCCCCCGCCCGUCUGCCGCGCGCUGCCCGCCGCCCCGCCGUGCGCCGUUGACUCAGCGUUCCCAAGUCUGGAUGCCGUACUGCGGAAACUCAACGAUCCGGAGGCGCCGACUCUGUUCAAACUGCUCGAGCAACAGGCCACCUUGGAAAAGAAGGUCCGAGACAGCGAAGACAACGUGGUACCGGACGAGUACGUACCUCCGGAGCCUGUGACGGAGUUCCAGACGGCGCGGCUGUUCCUGUCACACUUCGGAUACCUUAACAUCGGCGAUAAAAAGGGUGGCGGUCGUCUCGUGGCGCUAGAAGGCGGGGCUGGUCUAUCCGCUGCAUUAGCCAAACUGGACGCACUAGGUGCGCGCGCGGCACUCACCGUACACGUGUUUUGCGCGCGCGCCGGUCAGCGCGCCGCCGCCGAUAUCGUCGCCAACGCCGCUGCGGUCGAUCUGCCGCCAGCUUAUAUCGCGAUGCUGCGAGGUCUCGGUCGCCCGAUGCGUCGGUCGCAGGGGGUGGGGCCGCGCCUGCAGCGUCCGCCUGUACCCGCUGACUACGAUGGACGAGAACAGGUGUUGUAUUGGUCGGACUCAACGGAUGAGAUAUUCUUCGUGGUGCCGUCCGGCCACGAGCUGACAGAGUCGGAGGACCAGAACGACAGCCUCAAGUCGGACGUCGACGGCUCCUGUCUUUCUGUCAAGAGCGGCGACAAGGGCUCCUGCUGGGACGUGUCUAGCGGCGGGUCGGGGGGCGGGUCGGGGGCGGCGUCGUACGAGCGCAGCGUCAGCGAGUGCGAGCGUCCCGACCGCCGCGCGCCGCUCGCCGACAAGUCGCGCGCGCUUUCGCUGGAGUUGGACAAGCUCACUGGAAGCGGCAGAAGGAACAGAGAUUUCACACCAAAGAUACUCAUUAUUUGGCUGGAAGAUUUUGAAGAUCACUUGAAUCUACCGAUAGACGACCUGCUGCAAUACUGCGAGACGGGCCAGCCGUGGCGGCGCGGCGAGGUGCACGUGUUGUGCGCGCACGCGGUGCGGGGCGGGCUCGUUCGCGUGCGCGCCCCGCCCGCCGCCGGCGUGCUCGCGGACGGCGCGCUCGUGGCGCCGCGCCUGCUGCCCGACUGCCUGCGCCGCGCCGCGCGUCACCUGGCGAGACGCACGCGCCUGCAUACCGACCUGUACCAGCCGCCGCAUGUGCGCCGGCGUCACAUGAUACAGGAGAUCGCGCAGCAAUUCAAGAAGGACCUCACUGAGCCACAACUACUAGAGUCCUUGUUCCGAGCACCAUAGAGCACAGAAUAGUAUGAUGAACGUAUUGUUAUCUCUCUCGUUCUUCUUAUAUACUAUGAAAGAGAAGGCAUAAUACUCUGAAGUUAGUUACAAGUUUGAACCUUGAGAGAAAUACUCCAUAAUAUCUCUCAGUGUAUUACAAUGUAUUACUGACUACACUAAAAGAAGAAUUAUGAUUUUCGAAUGUAGGUAUGUAAGUUUUGUUUUUUUGACACUCUCUAGAGACUUUAACACUUUAGGAGACUCUAGAGUAGCCUAGAGUCUAAACUUCUUGUCAGAUUUCCUGCAGGCUUAGCAUAACAACAGUAAAUGGGCGUAUCCAGGAUUUUAGCUGGGGGGGGGGGGGGGGGGGGGCAAGCUUACCUGUUUCGAGAAGG